AAUGAUAAUGAUGAUGAUGAUGAUGAUGAUAAUGAUGACAAUACUCUUUAUUGUAAAUUUGACUUACAUUGGAAACUCUGAUUGGCCGAGAGAAUUCAGUCCAUAUACAAAAUCGUGUGAAGUAAUAGGAUAACCCAAUAUCUGCAGCAUAUAUUGCAUUUAUCAACUCGAGUUCAAAGUUUGCCUAGUUUCCAAGCUCCUUAAGCAUGUAGCGUUCUCAAACUUUUUCAAACUCAGAGAGAAGUGAAAUUCCCUUACGUUUUAGAUUUCAGAUCAAAUUUUUUUUUCUCUCCAUCUCCCCCUUGGUACUCCAUUUUGUGUUCACGUAUAGCGCGUGAUUUUCACAAAUUAGCCAGUCACAUCAAAGAAUUCUAACCUUAACUUUGAAACUGACGUGGAUUCUAUCUCGUACCUUUUUUUGUUGUUGUUUUUCAGAAUUCAAGUUCAAGCUUAACUUUCUAUCACUUAAGUUAGUUACCCCUUUGUUUUUGAAAUGUAAAACGUUUCAGAUAGUUUAUUCAAGUUAAAUGUCGUGGUUAAUUUAACAAGCUCAAUAUAAUUUUUUUUACGGAGUUCGGAGUCCAGCCUCUUUUUCGUAAAAGAAUUUUUUACACUAUUUUGUAAAUUGUUGUAAAAAAAAUAGUUUGUAAUAAAACAAUUACAAAACUUUGCUCUCGCAUCAUAUCAUGAAUUGUCAAAUCACGCAGGAUUCUGUGAAAUCUCCCUCAGCCCUCGGCUUCCAUAGAUAAGGUUUACCCUGAUACAAAUUGCAAGUGUGAUAGAAAUCAGUUCUAUGGAGAAGCACGCACAAAUUACUGUAGAUAUUAAUUUUUAAUACAACCGUUACCUACAUUAUACACUUGAUGCUUUUCUCAUCCUCGCCUUCGUGCUGUUCUAGAUAAUGAUUACCCAGAGAAAGUAGAUUGACUCACUUGAUUUUUUUCCGAGUUUGAGCCGACAAUUGUCUUUCUUGUCUCCGACUCCAAACCUCAAAUAUUCAGCGUAGACAGUUUUCCGUUUAGUUACUCCCAGAUCUACUCGAAGCCUGUUUUCUGUCUCGUUUUGCGUCAGGCGAUGGAUCUUCACUAGUCCAAGCCAAAACUCUCCAUUAAGGAAAUCCCCGAAGCCUUUUUUGUAGUCUGCCCAACCCAGGUUACAAUCCAUGCAACCAUCCAGUCUCCUCUGAAACACUGUCCACCCUCCUCCGUCUGUGGUUUGGUCACAAUACACAUUGAAGGCCCUUUUACCACCAGGGUCGAUUGUGUAAACACCGCUGAUCGUUUGGCCGCAGUUGUACAGCUCGGCGCAAUUCUUAUAAUAAGCUGUUGAGGUAAAGAUGGCUUAUGUGGGUUGUUUAAAUAUUGAAUGUUUGUUAAGUAAAAAAAGUUCCCAUUAAGAGUUCCCAAAAAGAAUCCAUUAUAAUGGGCUCCUCGUUCAGUUUGACAUUUCAGGCUAAGCCAGUGUCGGAAUGAGAGUAACGAUUGUGCAGUAUCCCGAAAUGUCACCUUUUGAUAAACUUCCUCUCCCUCCCUUUCACAUUCUGUGCUACUUUCACGCUCUGGUCUCUCUCAUUUGAAUAUGUGAUAUGAUCCUAUGGUUCUCACUGUCCAAAUUAUCUGUCACCGCUUAUCACAAAAAUCGACAUUUCUAACGUUUCUCGUCGUAAUGCUGAUUUUGGGUCUUGCGUGUUUCAAAUUUGCCUUAAAAUCAAGGCAUUUAAAUCAAGGCAUUUUCCGCUUUGAAAAGCCUCAUUAUGUCCGGAAAAUAACGGGAAGGAUAUACGAAUGGAUUACAAAGCCUAUUAAACACGAAACAAUAAAGAAGAAAUAAAGUUUGCUUCUCUAUCACAAGAACUUUACGGACAACACAAGUAACGAACAUUGCAGGAUGUGAAAGUCCACUUCGAUCCCCCAAUCUACGAUUUUCUAUGCCAAAAUACCGCAACUGAAGAACACCGCCACUCCCAAUCCUCCCCUCCCCUCCACCCCUCAAGAUAUCGACGGGCGCUUCAAAAUGCCCACGGCUUAGAGUACCAGGAUGACUCUAAAGUUCUGCAAAAUAUAAUGCAACAAACUCACCCCAACUCAUUGAAACUACGAAUUACGAUUUAUCUAUUUUCUCUUGCAUAUGGCAAAGGGGAUUUUAACAAGAAAUUAAACGAGAUUGAUAUAAUACCGAAAAUCACGGUUUACCCGUUUCAAACAAAACUUUCGCAAUAUAAAAUUUACGACCUUGAUUCUCUAACUUCCUCAAAAAACGCAGCACGCCGCUCCAAUGUCGCUUCUGUUUUCUUCAGCGGCAUUCAUUGAAGCUAAAUUUUGGAUCAACGCAAAAACAGCCACAAGCAGUAAGUUAGGAGCUAGUCGUAAAGAACUCAUUAGGCGAUGCACCGGCUCCCUCCGGUUAUUAAACGCAGAUACAGUUGUGAAGGAAAGAAAUACCGAACGCAAGGUCUUAAAGGCUCACGAGGGGGUCACUAAUGCAUUUCAUACCGCAUAUCAGUCGUCUUAAGCUGGUAUUUAUACCUCCUAGGGAGGUUGAUUAUCCUUUUUCUGGAAUACUAGGGUCAUUGCCAUGCCUCCCGUAGAAAAUAAACUGAAUUGAUAAACAAAUAAACAACUGACAUGGUUUCUGCAGUCUCACGUUGCGAGGGAGGCUACGGAAGUCAUCAUCAGAGUCAAGUGGCUCUGAUGAUGACUUCCGCUCAGGUUGUCGAAACGUCAGUCACAAUUACCAACAACAGUCCUUCUUAAGACUACACUCACCGGGACGAUCAAACUACACUAUUACAUGUUACCCUCGGGUUCAAACCAUUUACUGUACUAAAUCACCUGUUAUACUCUCCCGCCGAUCUGCGGCAGUCUCGUUCCCAUGUAUUUCCGUCCCCAGGGACUCUUCAUCAAACGUCCCUAGGACUAGAACCAUUGACAGUCGGAUCUUAAAGUUCGACAAGCUUAGUAUUACAAACAUUAGAGCAUCACGUUUCCACACGUCAUUGCAAGGUCCAUUUAGUGGAAAAAAAAAACAUGAUUGUCUCAUCACGACAACUUCCUGAUAAUGAGUUUCAAGGCGCGUUAAAAAAAGGUAGUUUAAACAUAUUCAUGCGAACUGAAAGUUUAGAACCGGUGUAAAAGACAGAAUACAGAUGUGGAGAGAGAAUUAAAAGCACGUAAAGACAGAUUGUGUGAAGGAAAAGUUAAGGGUCGUUGAGGAACACUAAAGAUUCGUAAAGAGAAUUAACGGCGCGUAAAGACUGAUUGUGGGUAAAUAAUGUGAGGAAUGGGGUAAAAACACCUCAGUAAUUCUACUGAAGAUGGCUGAGUCAUAAUUAUUUCACUUCUUUAAGUAUUUUUACAAAUAGAAAGUGGUUAAUUAUAUCCAUCUUGAUCCUUAUCCUUUACGAACAUUUAACAUCCUUUAACUUUCUUUACGCAAGAGUUAAAGAUAAGUAAAUUUGCGAUUUCAUACUGUGGGUAACACCGAUUAGUGGUGAUAAUUUUAGAAUUAUCCCACCCAAUUGUGUGGUUAGUUAGGCAUGUGUGCUCCAAUAAAGCUGAAUUUUCCUUUUUGCAAAAGAAAACCGCUUUUUGAUGCUCUUUCAAACGUGUACCAAACUGACGUUUGGUCUGUCCGAUGUAUUCGUUGUCACAGUCAUUGCAGGGAAUAGAAUAAAUGGCGUUGGUUCCUUGUUCUUUCGUGACAGGAUCCUUAGGUUUGGCAAAAAUAUGUCUCAAAGUCUGAAAAAGUUUUUGAACAACUUUAACUUCAACUCCGCCCACGCUCCUUUAAAUCGUGACGAAGGCGGCUUGCUUCCUGACGACUAUUUACACCUCGUCAGAAAAAAAAAACUAAUGAUCAUAUAAAAGGAACUCUUGUUGCAGGGUUUAGUUCACCCCUGAUGAAGGCAAUAGACAGGAGUGUCGAAACGUUGGGUCUAUGAAUUGUAACUUCUUCGGUUACAUUCAUUAAAUCUGUAAACCAGAGUAGCAUCAAACCAUGUCUGAUUAUCCACCUGGUUGCCGUGUGAACUUUAAUAUAUUUUAAGUUCUUGUAGACAUAGGAACGGUAGAAAGAUAGGAUGAAGGCUCUUUCAAAUUUAGCAAUCAGUGCUCAGCUUGGUUUUGAACCAUGGAGGGCUGCCACGGGAAGUUGCUGCACAAAAUUUGAAACGGCCUGCAUGCUUUGGUCGCUGAGUUUGGCACCGAUCAUAUUAAGAAAGCUACAUUGUUUCAUUUCAAGAUCGAUUUUCUCAGAAAAUGUCUGAGGGAUGAAGUUCAAAUUUGGUGAAGACAUAGAGCAAUAUCUCAGGGAUCAACAGCCGUCGCCAGUUAGGAGAGAUUUUUUGGCAUUAAUUCCAGUUUGAAGUUUUAACCCUAAGCAAUUUGGUAAAAGACACUUCAAACGGCCAAUGAAGGCUAAAAUAAAUAUCACAAAUAAGUUGAUUAACAUUUUAUUUAACUUUAUAGAGAUAUUCAGACCGAGAAGUAAUUUAAAUAUGCAAUUUUCAGGGCUUUAUUCAUGACCCUCUAGAUUUCAUGUCAACAAUUAUUAACCACGAAAAUACAGUGUGGUUAGCCCGUGGUAGCUCUAAGAGUAGCGAGGAAAGAGUUUUUAAACAGUGAAAAUACUAUGAACCUGUUCUUUUUGAGCGGUCCUUCAAAUAGUCCUUCUCAGGACUACACUCACCCGGACGAUCAAACUACACUAUUACAGGUGAUUUAGUGAUAACAACUGAGUUGAAAACGUAAAUUAGCCACCGUAAAGAGUUAAAAGGCUGACGUUUCGAGCGGUAGCCCUUCGUGAAUCUAUCUGAUGAAGGGCUAACGCUCGAAACGUCAGCCUUUUAACUCUUUACAGUGGCUAAUUUACGUUUUCAACUCCAUGAGUUCUUAACACUAAAUUACGUCUUUAAUUCGGACGAUUUUUCCGACAAAUUCGGUACUGUUUGAUAAAGGAUCGUAUUUAGGAGACUGCAAUAAGCCUGUCAGAAGGUAAGACAUCAUAUAUUUGUAUUCAUGGCGCGAAUAUUAGCAUCCUUUUAGCGUCGUUAGCGAUUACUCCUGGCUUUAUUUUUGGCGUGUGAAGUGAUCUGUGAACUCUUUUUCUUUUAAAAAUGUCAAGAAUUUCCGACCACAUCAGCGUUAGCGACAGUUAUACUGUGUUACUAGACGAUUGAAAGAAAACUAAUCAUUAAGAGAGCAACUGAGGCAGCGCGAUGAAGAAAAUGCCUUAAAGUUCGAAGAGCUUUCAAACGAAGUGGACUCUUUGUGUAAACUUGUCACCGAGAACAACUCGGGCAGCAAGGAAACGGAAUCAAAGAAAAGUAACUCAAAGGUCCAUGUGCCUAUAAGCUGUGGGAAACCAAUGAGACAUUUUUUAUAUCUAUGCAAAAAUAUUUAUAUUUAUGACAUUUGUAUUUUUCAGUUCUUAUCCCGUGUAUAUAAACCUCUUGCUACGUUACUGUGAAAAUUACAAAAUCAAGUUAAAGGGUUAUGACAAUAAAAUAAAUUCCAAUGUAUAAAACACGUGUUGUUAUAUAUGGGUCAGUCCUUGAAAGGCAUGUGCGGCAUCGUUUUACAGAAGCGUAAAAUAUCGCAAACACUCUCGAUACGAUUUUUGGCAAUACGCACUAACAUAGCGCAUUACGCUGAUGUUGUCACUAGCUCACAUUUGUUAUAGUCUGAUUAGCAAAAGGGAAUGUUGCCAAAAAAUUCAGACAACUGCAAAAUGGCAAAUGGGCAUGUAAAUAUUGUCCAUUUACGAUAGUUUAAUAACGCGUAAAGAUCGCCUUUCUGAUCGCCUUACAGUCACCGUAAAAUAUCGUAAAUAUUCUUUAACAAGGCACGUAAAGGUAACGUUUUUAGUCUCUAUGUGAUCUUUACGUACUAUCGUUUUCAAAGCGUUAAGACAUUCUUUACGAGAGCGUAAAGAAGUUCUAUAAGACGCGUAUAGAGGAUCUUACACUUACUUGACGGCAUCUUUACGGAUUCGUAAAUUUAUAAUUUCAUACUGUGACCACCAGCGCCUUUGUUUGGAGGCUUGGCAUGUUAACUCCGCCCACACUCCUUUAAAUCGUGACGAUGGCGGCUUGCUCCUGACGCCUAUUUACACCUCGUCAGAAAAAAGGCAGCUAAUUAGGGAUCAUGUAAAAGAACCUCUUGUUGCAGCGUUUGGAUCACCCCUGAUAGACAGGAGUAUCGAAACGUUGGGUCUAUGAAUUGUAACUUCUUCGGUUACAUUCAUUAAAUCUUAUAUAUUAUUAAAUAUAUAAUAUUAUUAUAUUAUAUUAAAUAUAUUUUAUAUGCACGUCCAUUUGUCAACGGUCAUCGAAAUCCUGCUGCCUGUUGGUAACCAUGGAGACAAAGAAGACUAGAGCAGUCAAAAUAGUAAGCCAAACCCAAAGAUUAGAAUAAAUCCCAAUCUUAUCAGUAAAAAUAUUAUACCUGUCAUGAUAAUAUACACUUGAUUUUUCAACUGUUAAAUAUCCAAGGCUCUUUUAUUCCAAAUAUGCAAAGCAAAUUUUCGAAACUAUAAAUUUUGUCGAUUCUCGCGGGUAUCAUGAUAUACCUAAUGGAGGUUGAAUCCUAAAAUUCUGUUUCAACGGGUCCUUUGUUGAUUAAUGAUUCAUUCUAUGAAUCAAUUUACGUCCACAAAACCACGUGGAAACAGCUGUAAGACGGAGUGCGCCCUCACUGAACAUGUCUCGCUCGCAGUAUGUCACACCAAAGUCUAAAACUCCUCGAGUUAGAUCAGUGGGAUUGCCGUUAAAAUCUGUUCCUGAAGAGCAGGUUAAAUAUGUCUCAGCAGUGAUGGUAGGUUGAAUAUAACAGUAGUUGUUCAUAACAGUCAUUUAAACGCGCAGCAUCUUCUUGGAACAGAUCCCUAUUUGUGCUAAUUUUUUGAAGAUAUUACGAACUUAGUUUGAUGUUUUAGUUUUUGUUGCCUUUUAGAUUCAUGUUUCUACCAACAGGAGCCGCGAAACAAGUCCAAGCAAGGUAGGGAACAUGAUAAUUUGAACCGUAGCUAUUUUGAUUUUCCCAUGACACUUCGCUUGAGCUAAAAAAAACAGACAAAAGAGAGCUUGUAUAUUUUCCUUAACCAAAAGGCGUAAAGAAAAUUAGAAUAAAAAUCUUCCAUCUGAUUUACAACAGAACUACUGUUGCAUCAGCCAGUUUGUACACAAUGUUUGGUUGGAGGUAGUUUUUUUGUUAUGUUUACUCAAGCCAUUAUCCCAGAAACGUCCAAAUUGUUUAUGCUAAGGAAUAUUUGUUCAUAAUUGUUUGGUUGCGAAAAGAAAAACCAAAGCAUGUGCCAAAUCAAACUGCUACUAAAUCAAAAAACUAAACCAAAACUUCCCGAUUCGCCAAGUUUUAUUUUUUUCAUUUUGAAUAUUUAUGUUAAUUUUGACAAAUUUGUCUCGACGUCUUCGCUGCAGGAACAUACUUGUUGAAAAGAAUGACAAUAAGGUGCACUUGCAUUACUCGAAAAAAAAAAGUGAAAUGAGAUUUCUCUAUUGUUGGAAAAUUUGCUCUCAAACAUGUAGAAGAGAAGUCGGUGAAAAAUGAAAGGGAAAAUUUUUAUACUGUACGGGAUAUUUUAAAAAUAAUAAUUGUUCUUAAAUGAGAAGCCUAAAGUAAACUAGAAAUAUCGAUGACAACAUUGAUACCCGAAGAGGAUCUACCUCGACAGAUUAGUUCAAAUUCAAUAUUGUUUUGGGCGGGAAUACCGCUGACUAGUACAUUAAAAUGCAAAUUCAGAAAGGCUUGAUAAUUAUUUCUCGAUAACCCUGUACUGAUUUUGCCCUUAAACUCUUUGGUUAAAGAACCACAAGUGGUUGCACGUGGUAAAGAAAAGAAUUAUUGUAAAGAAAGAUUUUCAUGAAUAAUGUAAAAAGAACUGCUUAAUUGUUAUGUAACUGUACGAGUAUUUCUCAUGAAGCCCAUGUGUCUGAUUGUUUAUGGAUCACGCUACUUAGGUGUCGACGUUUUUGCAAACGAGUGUAGACAUUUUAAGCCAGAUCAUGGGAGAACAAAGUUUCGAAAGCAGUAUUCGGCUGAACACGAUCCAAAGCGCCAAAAAACUAAACAACCUAAAUGACUGGCUUUAACAGACUACUAUUUAGUUUGGAAAGUGGAUACUUAAAUGAUUACACGAUAGCUGUGUGUUACUCCGAUUAUAAGGCCUAAGUCCUGUUGGAAGUCAAACCAUAAAAACUAAGUCAAAAUUUAAUAAACAUUUUUUUUGGUUUUGUUUGUUUGUUUGUUUUUUUGUCGAGCGUGGGACAGGAAAACCUGAAUCCCAACACAUGCGACAAAAAGCAAAAGCAUCUCACUUUCUUCAACGACUAAGCUCAAAAUUUACCACAUUUCUUAUCUUAUUUAAAUCAAGGCUUCAAAAUUUGCUCCUCAAGGAAGUCGAGCCGUUUGAGACCUGCAGGGGUCGACAUACGUUCGCUCUCACAAAUGGAAGCCAACUGCGAAAAGAAAGAAAACAUUUUAAAGAGACGCUUUUGAAACAAAGAACUGACUCACUCUCGGAACAAUUUACACAAAAGAACGGCGCGAUAUAAAAUUUCAAGAAUGUUAAGAACUUCAGCUAACGCGUUCUGCCCACGUACACUGUAAAUAAGACUUCGUAAACUGAGUACAGAUACUCAACUACUUCUUCACGCUCUCUAAUGAAGAAGAACUUACUUAGAUUUUUACUCAACUUAAAAGGUACUUAUGUUGUGAUUUGUUUCCAAACUUUUUGACCUGUUGAUGUUAAACAACGGUACAUUAAUUGCCUUCAUUAGCACAGUCUUUUUUGUGAUUUUCUGUCUAAAUUAGAGGCAAUUAUCUUUUGAUUAUGUGUGUCGGUCGGCUGAAACAAAUCAACAUAAAUACACGUUUUCAUAUUGGCAAGUUCUAGUUAAAAGUUAUAGCCAUGAAUUACGAAACGCUUCACAAAAGCUUCAAGAAUCCAUGACUAUUCGCUCUCUGAGUGGAUCAUAUUGAUGCACAUGAAACUUUUACCAAAAUUUUUCAGGAUUACGAAGUGAUAUUCAAUAUGUUAUUUGCGAAUGCUUUCAUUACAGAUGUAAGCUGCAGUCACAGUGAAGUAAAAUCCUUAUGCGUAAUAAACACUGCUAUGACGCGCGCAUGGGAAAUGCAUGUAGACUGACUGACUGAUUGACUAACUGACAGAGUAACUGACUACCUUACUGACUGAUUGACUAUCUUGCUGGUCAGUUGACUGACAGAAACCAUAAAUAGACAAAUAAGAAUCUUCGCAAAAGUCGCCUUAUUAUGAAUUUCUUACUUCAUAGGAAACCAUGGCCACCGAUGGCGUAAAUUCAACACAUCAAUUUGUAAACAACGACAAAAUGGUUCUCCCUCCAUCGGAGUUUCCAACCCUGAACUCGCGCCGUGACAGCUCUCUAGCUCUCUUCUUUUAUUUUCUUUUAAACGCUUUUUUAUUUAGACUUUUUACUGAAUCAUGCUUUUUCUUUUCGCAAGAAUGUUAUCAUUUGUAAGCAGCUGCCCCGAAUAAACGCCCAGAGAGAGUUAAUGAGCGCCCAGCGCUUCGAAUAAGCGGAACUGAAAUGCAUCAGGGGAGCAUUAAAAUUUCAUUACUGGCUCACAAACUAUAAAUUCACUCCCCUGUGGUACAUCGUCACCUUUUGUUAUCAUGUAUUAUUUAGUUGCAAAAUAAAUUAACUCCUAGCUAAAAGUGGUGAAAAUUGAACAGGCGCCUAAAGGGUGGGAAAAGUUGUUUAAGAUUUGAAACUUAAUUAUCACAGAAAUGAUAUUAUCCGUCAUUUCUGUAAAUUCUUCCAAAUUACCUUUAGAGAAACAAAUACUAAAGCAAAUUCUUCAAUAACAAGUUUGACUGAAAUAACGUAUUUUAUUAAUCAAGAAAUCGACUAGAUGCCAAGUAAACGAUUACAUGUGUUCAAUAAAGUGUUUUAACACUUAAAAGGUAAAUCCACAGGUUUUAUUUUCAUCUCCGAUGUUAGUGGACUGGUGCGACUUGCGUCAGUGUCAGAUAACAUACCCCAGUGAAUCUUUAGCUCGCCCAAGGUCUCGUUCAUGUUCCUUUUUCUCUUUUUACAAUGAUGAGCACCAUUGAGAUUUGACGAAACAGCACAGUCAGUAUUGUUGAUGUACCACCAGCCUCCAAACAUCUCAUGGGUACAAUGCUUGUUAACUUUGUCCCGGGUACCAAACGGGGAGCCGUUAUGAUCACUGAGAGAAUCUUUGACAGUCGCACAUUCUAAUAGAAAUGAUAAAACACCAAUAAUUAUAACAAUUAUAGUGAUAAAGUAUAAUGAUAAUGAUGAUGAUGAUGAUGAUAAUGAUGACGAUACUCUUACUUUUAAAUUUGACUUAUAUUGGAAACUCUGA